CAAAAAGGUAAUCCAAAAACUGUAGAGGUCGUGUAGACGAAUUUGUAAAGCAAGGAGGACAACAAUUUGGGAAGUGAUUAAUCGGUUCUAAAAAGAGAAUCCAAAAGAAUAAAGCCAAGAAAUGAAUAUUAUUUCACUUAUCGUUGACAUUGGAGGAUACUUGGUGGCGCCAAUCAAAAAACAUUUUUGCUAUCUAAGUUGCUACAAUAGCCACAUCAAGAAUCUCAAAGAUCAAUUUCAGAAGCUGGGUGACAAGAGAGCUGGGGUGCAAUUAGAAAUUGAUGCAGCAAAACAGAACGAAGAGGUAAUUGCAUCUGAGGUUGAGAGCUGGGUAGAAAAGGUAGACAACAUCAGUGAAGGUCUACAGAGAUUCCUUGAGGUAGAUGUCAAAGCAAAUGUGAUGUGCUUGAAUGGAUGGUGUCCCAAUUUGAACUCACGUUAUUUCUUGAGUAGGCAAACUAAGAAGAUGACUUUGGAAAUUGAUGGGCUAUUAAGGGAUGGACAAUUUGAUAAAGUGUCCUAUCCUCCUUCUCCACCACGGGGAAUAGCAACUUCUUCCAAGGAAGGUUUUAAGGUUUUUGAAUCAAGAAUACCAAUUAUAAAAGAACUUUUGACUACUUUAAGGGAUGACAAGAUCAACAUGAUUGCCUUAUGCGGGAUGGAGGGGAUUGGAAAGACAACAAUGGCCAAAGAGGUAGCAAAAAGAGCCAAAGAUGAUCACUUAUUUGAUGAAGUUGUGAUGGUGGCAAUGUCCCGUAAAAAAGACUUAAGCAAGAUUGAAGAUCAAAUUGCUAUGAUGCGACGUAGGGAAAUUAACUUUGAGAAUGUUCUUGUAAUAUUAGACAAUGUUUUGGAAGAACUUAAUCUAAAGGAUGUAGGAAUUCCUUCUGAAGUUGAACUCAAUAGUUGCAAAAUCUUGUUAACAUCAAGAAGCGAAGAAGUUUGCAAUCAAAUGAAAUCUCAUAAGAUUGUUAGAAUUGAAGCCUUAACUGAAGAAGAAGCAUGGAGCUUUUUCAAAGAGAUGGCAGGUAAUUGUAUAGAUACUCCAAAUCUACAUAAAAUAGCAAAAAAGGUUGCGAAGGAAUGUAAAGGCAUACCUAUUGCUGUAGUUACUGUUGGAAGAGCUCUAGAAAACAAGAGAAAGAAUGAGUGGGUUGCUGCACUUCAACAGCUUAGAAAGUCUAUCUCAAAAAAUAAUUCAGGUUUGGAUUCAACUGUCUAUUCCAGCAUAAAGCUUAGUUAUAAUUUUCUAGAAAGUGAUGAAGCCAAGUCAUGCUUUUUGCUAUGCUGUUUAUUUCCAGAAGAUUAUGAUAUUCCUAUUGAAUAUUUAGUCAGAUUUGGAGUGGGACAAAGGUUAUUUGCAAAGAUUGAUAAGGUGGCAAAAGCAAGAAAUAGAGUCCAUGCAAUGGUUGACAAUCUUAGAAGAUCAUCUCUUUUGUUGGAUAGCGAUGAAGAAGAAUGUGUGAAAAUUCAUGAUGUUGUUCGGGGUGUUGCCAUAUCAAUUGCUAAUGGACAUGUUUGUUGGGAAGAAUGGACAGAGAAACAUACAUAUGAACAUUAUGUUGCGAUUUCGAUUGUAACUCAAGAAUUGAAAAAUCAUCCUGAUGGCUUGGAGUGUCCGAAACUUGAGCUUCUACAACUAUCAUGUGGAAAAGAUGCUACUAGACAAAUGCUCCCAAUCAAUCUAUUUAAAGGGAUGAUGGGAUUAAAGGUUUUGGCUAUGCAAGGUAUGUCUUUUCCAUCACUACCACAAUCCAUACAGGUCCUUCAGAACCUUCAGACAUUGCUUCUGGAAUACUGUGAGAUAAAAGAUGUGUCAGCAAUUGGAGCACUUGGGAAACUAGAAAUGCUUAGUUUUCUUGGUUCUGAAAUCAAGGAGUUGCCCAAAGAAAUAGGAAAUCUGAGUCAUUUAAAGUUGUUAGAUCUGUCAGAAUGCUCUGCUCUUCAGCACAUUCCACCUGGUCAGGGACGGACCCAGGUACAAGGCUAAGGGGGCCCAGGCCCCCCCUGGGCCCAAAAAAAAAUUUUUUUAGCAAGUAAUAUUUUUCCAAAAAAAA